GUGCCAAGGAGUGGUGUUUCAGUAGGAGUGACUGCAUGGACUAUCUCGUACGAUGGGGUGAAUGGGCUGGUGAGGAGAGAGGAGGUGGAGAAAGCAGUGACUUUGGUGAUGGGUGGUGGACAAGAAAUGGUGGAGAUAAGGAAACAAGCGAAGGAGCUCGGUGCUGCAAUGAAGAAGGAUGUGGAGAGUGGCAAUUCAUCUGAGGCCAAGUUGAUUGCUUUGAUCAAUGAACUUAAAGCAGUGAAACAAGGAGCCACAACUCGAGAUAAGUUCAAUGGAGAAUAA